GCUCAGCCCCCAGCGCGUGUGAGCCUACGGAACUCUGGGGCUGAGGCGGCAUGGCUCCGGACCGGGGCCUGGCCUCGGCGACACCGUGGCCGCGGGAGAAGCCCAGGACAGGGACCCAGGCGGGGGCUCCCCGCCCCGGUACCGUCGGAGCCCGCCGCUUCCUGCUUUGUCUCUACCUGGUGGGAUUCCUGGAGUUGUUUGGUGUUAGCACGGUCGUCCCUUUACUGAGCCUUCAUGUCAAGUCUUUUGGAGCGAGUCCAGCAGUUGCUGGACUAGUAGGCUCCUCCUGCGGCGUUUUGCAGUUCUUUUCCAGCACACUGGUGGUUCUGAUGCCCUUCGGACCAGCCUAGGUGGCGCCUUGGGUCGGAUGCCUUCGUUCAUAUGGUCACCCCGCAUGGAGCCAAAGUGGCCUUUGGAGAGGAGGGGCUGGCAGAGCACACCUGGGGCCUGGGGGCCCCCCUCUUUGCUGUGGGCAGCUGGGGAGCUGCAGGGCUGCCCUUGCCUGGAAUCAGCAUCUGCCUCGUUCUUCCAUUCCAUUUUAUAGGCCUGGGGGGCCUUCUUUGAGAACUGUUCUGGCAAGAAGCGCCUGGCUCGGGGCUGCAGAUUGAGGACGGUGGUCCCGACGUCUGGGUCUGAGUCACUGCUGUUGCCACCUGCCAGAGAGCAAAAGAAGGACAGCGUGGGCGGGCCUUUUAGGGAGAAGGUGUUACAGGCGACUGGCCAAUACAUUUGUGGGUCUGGCACCUGCUGUGCCCUCCCUGGGGCUCUGGGGGUCGGGCAGGGAGGCCAGAGGGCCCACCCCGGCUCCAGCUGAGUCCUGGGCGCGUGCAUAAGUCCCAUGAGCACGCGUGUCCACAAGUGUAUACUCUUGCUCAUUCUGAAGAGCUUCCCAUGUGCCAGCCACUGUCCUAAGCACUUUUAAAUGCAUUAACCUACUGAAUCCUCAUAACCACCCACUUUACAUAUGAAGUAACUGAGGUUCAGAAGAUAUUAGUAAGUGGUGGAGCUGGAUGUCAAACUGAGACCACCUGGCAGCAGCUGUGCGCUCACCUGCCCCGUCAGAACGGCCCCAGGGGGCUCAGUUCAGUGUCUGGCUCACGGUAAACAGAUCAGUAAUUAGCUGCUAUUAUGAAGACUCUUGUCUUGAUCUAGGAUGUACAAUCUCAUGCACAGCUUUAUUUCCUUUAUAUUUUCAUAAAAUGGUCAAAACACCAAUAUGGCUUGCAAUCUACAUAAAGAUUACCAUCGAAUGAAGAGAUGUUAGCCGUCAGGUCAAAGCUUUAAUAAUUACAGCCAGAAGUCAAUUAUAUAGUUGCCUUUAUGAAAAUAUAUUAAAAUUAUUAUGAACAUUUAAAGUUAGAAAUGUUGUAAGAGUAACAGAAUUAAAUUUAAACCUUUGAAGACUGACAGCUUUCUAUUUACCUGUUCAUCAGCCACACACAGUGACAUCUGCUUUUGCUACAUCGAAUAGAAUCAAAUAACUGAUUGAAUUACGUAUAACGUGCACAGAACGCCAUUCCAAAAGGAUGCAACACUAAUAAAAGGUCACCAAAUUAUUAUUAUAGAUUUGCAAACGACUGAACUCAUUGUCCUUAAAAAAGAAGGGAAAAUGUUCUAUUUUAUAAACACUAAUAAAUAAGUUUAAAGUCUUUUUGCUCCAGCUGUAUUCAAUACCUGCAUUAGAAAUAUUCUUUUUCUUUUGUAGCUUUUCUGGAAGCUUUGUAUUUUUUGGUAAGGAUAAAUAUCGGGAGGUUGAGGUGGAAACCUGUAAAAAAAAAUAGAAAACCUUGUUGAGAUGACACACAUGUCAUUUAUUGCAUGUUACAGGCUUAGAAUUCUAUGUCAAACCUAACCUUGGUGUUAAAAAUUAAAAUGUUAGCUCUGGAUUCCGAAACUACUGGGUGAGGAGCUGUAGGGAUGGAGAAUAAAUUUCCAAGUCAUAGUCAUUUUAUUUAAAAUAGGUAAAACCUCUCCUAAAAUAUCAUGGAAAUCAGUACUACUAAGGAAAACAGAAAUGAAGUGGGACCCUUAGGAACAAGGUAGGAAAACCACCGGCUUUUCUUAAAGAAAAGCUACAGAAACACCCACUUAUAAAAGCAUUACUAAAAAAGACUUAGAACCUACAUGGAUAGGGAGGAAGAUACACGAAAAAUGUAGCAUGUUUAAGUUGUAUUUACUUUCACAAAUCUUGAAAAUGACAGAACAGAAAGUAUUACUAUAGCCAACUUGCUGGCACUUGUGGCAUCCAAAGCCACAGUCUCUAGUUUCUUUAACUUUUAAUCGAUGCUGCCACAUUUCACAUGUAAAAAAAAUACUAUUGUUCACACAUAACCGUUUUGGUCUCUGACAGCUCAGUAUAGAACAUUAUUGAGAAUGAGACGCACUGCCUGCUAUGUCCGAUCAAUCAAUCAGAAUAUCCUUUUAAAGUGGCUUCCUUAUCUAUGGCAAUGCCCUGGACCAAGUCGAAUGCUGAGCACGCAGCAUCUGAAACUCCCCUGACGUGCGCGCGCGCGCGCACACACACACAC